UGACAUCCCAGUCGGCAGCCAAGUUCCCCAUCGCAACGGGCCGAGCGAGUGCUGUUUGCCAUGCCGCUGCCUGGCAAGUUGCACAGCCUGCGCAGCCCGUUGAGUGCACAGACGGAGGAUCUGCUCCAAGAAUGCAUGAACGAAGGCUGGGAGCAGCAGAAGUGGGCCAUGAACAGCUCGGAUUCUUCCUCUGGAUUGAGUGACAGCUCCUCAGAGGACAACAUUCCUGUCAGCCCCCACUCGCCCAACGUGAUCUCGCCCCAGAACCCCAACAGCUCGCCGGAGACGUUGAGCCUUACCCGAGUCAACUCGGUGGAACUGCAGCGUGCGCUGGACAGCUUCACGGCUUUUAGGGCCUCGCUGGUGGGCAACCAUCAGCAGACUCUGCAGAUGCUGGACAAGGAGUUGGAGAAGAUGAAGAUGAACAUCGCCAAGCCGCCUUCAAAGCAAUCUGCUGGCAGCGCCAAGCCCGCUGUUCAGCCGGUGAAGCUUCCCGGCGUGCUUGGCUUGAACCAAGGCGAGCGCCCCGUCGAGCGCAAGACCCUGCCAAACAUGAACCUGCAGCAGCCCAUGAUGCACUUUCAGUCCAUUGACAAGCAGCGCAAACGGCGCAUGUCCUGGAUCACCAAGACCGCCACUGUGGGAGAUUUUGGCUUGCACGACAGCAAGGUCCACCCGGCGCCUUCCUUGCCAAAGGAGCCCGAGGUCGAGCAGCUGAACGACUUGCCCGCUGCAGUGGCGCAUAUCACCAAGGAUCAGAGGGCGCAGGCCAAGAGGGAUGCCGAGAAGUCCACGGAAGCGGGGAUGCUCUCGAACUUCAAUGCGGAUCUGGCCAAGAAUGCGGUGCGCCAGAGGGCAGCAGAGGAGCUCGAGCAGGUGCCUGAUCUCAUGAAGACUGAAGGGCGCCUGGCAGCCUUUGCAAAGCACCCUUGGUUCGAGAGAACUACCAUGAGCGUGAUAUUUUUGAACGCCAUAUGGAUAUCAAUCGACAUUGAGUUUAACAAAGCGGACAUCAUCAGCGAAGCAGAUGCUGGAUUUGUCCUGGUGGAAAACCUCUUCUGCACAUACUUUACCCUUGAACUGCUCAUCAGAUAUUGCCUGUACAAGAAGACCUCCAGUGCGUUCAAGGACGCAUGGUUCCUUUUUGACCUUAUGCUGGUGACCCUCAUGAUCUUUGAGACCUGGGCUAUGGCCAUUGUGUACACGGUGACGGGUGGGGGGGGUGCCGGGGUGGCGGGCGGCGCCUCGGUGCUCCGCGUGGCGCGCAUCAUGCGGGUGUUGCGGACGGCGCGCAUGGCGCGACUGGUGCGCCUGAUGCCAGAGCUGAUGAUCCUCAUCAAAGGCAUGAUGGUCGCAUGCCGGUCUGUAUUCUUUACCCUGGUGCUGCUGCUUCUUAUCACCUACGUCUUCAGCGUGGCCUUCAUGCAGUUCAGCCGCGGCACGGCGCUGGAGCAGAGCUUCUUCAGCGACAUGGGCACGGCGGUGAUGUCCCUGAUCUUGAAUUGUAUUUUGGCAGACCAGGAGGCAUUCUUCCAGUCUGUGGCGAAGGAGAGCUGGUUCAUGGCGUGCAUGGUCCUGAUCUUUAUUCUUUUCGGCUCCCUCACGGUGAUGAACAUGCUAUUGGGCGUGCUAGUUGAGGCCAUCAAGACGGUGUCGACCAUAGAGCGGGAGCAGCUGGAGGUGGACUUUGCGAAGAAGGCGUUGUGGGAGCUGAUCAACAAAGGAGAUGCCGACGAGGACGGGGACAACCGCAUCUCGGAGCAGGAGUUCAUGAACGUCCUGCAGAAGCCACAGGCGGUGACUGCGCUGACCAGCCUCGGCGUGGACGUGGAAGCGGCCCUGGACUAUGGCAAGUUGCUCUUCGAGGAUGGUGAGCCACUGACCUUCGGGGACUUCAUGAAGGGCAUCUUGACGCUGCGGGGCUCCAAUCAGACCACCGUCAAGGAUAUCAUCGACCUGCGGAAGUUCACAGCAGACGAGUUCUCGCAGAUGCACGACAUCCUCAAAGAGAUUUGCAAUUUCUUGGUGGGCCAAGGAUUUAAGCCUCCUCCGCCCUCUGGGAGCCGGUUCUCGCUUUCGUCGCAGCAGUCACGGGGCUCUUACUCAGAGCGGAGUACGCGCAGUGGGCAGAGAAUCGUGAGCCAGCUUGCAUGA